GGCAAAUGUUGGCCAAACGGCGAGGAGCGGCGAUGGUUCAUCGCAGGCGUCUUCGAUCAUACAGAAGACACAGAUGCGGACCAAUGGCUGGAACGGCCUGGGGCGAAUCCACUGGCAAGAGGGGGGCAAUGUUUGAUCUUCGAUUGUUCGCGGCGAUUGCUGUAAGCUUCGGUUUCUGUAUACGGCCCUCGGCAUGCAUCGGCCUGUGCGUAACACGCACGACGAAUCAGAGCUGACAUCUGCAACGUCAAGUACACCAAUCAAAGAUACAACCGCACGUGAAAAGAAAUCACCGACUUUCCAACUGAUGGAAAGAGAUCCCUGUCAGCGCUAUAAAAAAAGGUUGACCGAGCCAUGUCUGUAUCCCAAGGCUGCCUGGACAUUGAUUUUGGCGUGCAUUCGCAGAGCCGAGCAUCUGGAUGGACGCGUGGGCAAUCAAAAGGAGGACGCGAAACUGUCAACACUGCUGAACAUUGUGCAGAUUCAGUGCGGCAGCUGCAGGGCAUGGCUGUGUAAGCUUCGAUCUCUGCAUGCAAAUCACCUACACAAGCCAACCUCCUCGAAACAUGCACGACCAUAGCUGACUUCGAUUGCGCCAACUGAGACGGGAUGAUGAUACAGCCAUGGAGAAAAAUAUGCCACGCGCUGAAUCUUCGGUGGCAACUCAUGGAGCUUCCCAUACCAUCUUGUCGGCUUUGGCGAAUCGACGCUGGUCGAAGCUACAUCGACGCUAAUCGAUGCAGACUCGACGCUAAUCGAUGCUGAACCGCUAUCUCCUCCACUCCCAAACGCUGCUCGACGCAACGAAGGAAUUGCGAAAGUACACUACACUUCCAUGAUUUGCGACCGCACGAAUUGCACAGACCCGACUCCCCCCACCCGCCGAUCCUGCCGUGGAGGGCACACCACGCCGCGUUCGGCAGCGGGGAAAAGGCACCUCUCCGUGCCGACCGCGCCGGCUCCUGGCCCGUCGAGCUCCAAGGCAGGCGUGUGCUGCCCGAGAGCGGGGCCCGAGCGCUCUGCGCGUGCUGCGUUGGGCAUUGACGCCGUGGACCGGGGGCUCAAACCCCCGAUCCAGGAGAUCCACACGGACGUCGCGGUAACCGGGAUCGUUCCUGCCGUGCCCCCGCCGCCAAUCUCUGCGUCGGUACAGUCGGGGCGUUGACAUCUCGGGUCUGCGAUUGAAUAUCGGCAAGACCUACUGGGUGCCGCUCCGGACGGGGGACCCCGAGAGCGCGCGGCAGGAUGUCACGGCGCGAGCGCCUUCCUGGGGCGGGAUCCGGUUCGCUCACAGGGCCAAGUACUUGGGUUUCGUGUUGGGGCCGGCACGCGCAGAGCACGGGUGGGAACCAGCGUGCGCGAAGUUCAAGGCGCGCGCGCAGGAAUGGGGCCGCUCUGGAGGCGGGAUGUGCGCCAACACGUUAGCCUACUCGGUGUAUGCGUUCUCCACGCUGGGCUUCCUGGCGCAACUGGAUGCACCGCCGUCGUGGUGGGCGAAACUCGAGGCCGAGGCGAUGCAGUCGCUGUACCCUGGCCCCUACCGGUGGGCGCCGCCGGCUGCCGUUCACGGUCUGCCGCUACUGGGCUUCCCCGCUUCAGUCCCGGACUUGCACGCAGUAUCUCUCGCGGCGAAGUACAGGGUCUGCCAGUGGGAGGCGGCGUCGGAAGGCGGCCUCCGGGUCGCAGAACGGGCCGCGAGACUCCGCCACGUGCGGCUCUACGCCACGCAGUCGCUCGAGCGCUUGGGCACAUGGGCACCCUGGUACAAGCAGGCGUUCCUUCUCCAGCUGGACGCCGCCAGACAGCAUUUCGAAGGACGCGGGCUGACGCCCGCGCGCAUCGCCUUGGAGACCAGAGCCGGGAACGCGGGUCGUAUACGCCGGCUUUGGCAGCGCGCCUGCGUGCGCUUGAUCGCCCCUGACCGCUCUCUCGAGCUGCGUGCGUUCCUGCGCGUGCGGCUCUCGAGGUGGGCGUGCGGCCUCCCAGAGGACGUCAUGCUGGACCGCGUCAUGUCCGCUUUCCCCGCGGUGGCUCGGCUGUGCCCCCCGCGGGCGCUGGCUGCCUGCAUCAGGACCCUGUGGAACGGCUGGGCCACGGGCCGCCGGUUCCAGAGGCGCGCCAGUUGUUUUUUUGGAUGCACUGCGGGGGAUGAUUCUAUCGAGCAUUAUGCAGACUGCCCGCAUGUGUCCGCAGCCGUGUACCGCGAGCUGGGGCUCGCGCGUCUGGAUGCCCCAGAAUUGCGACUGGCAGGUUUCAUGUUGAUGGCCCCGCCGUGCUCCGAGGCGACCGCGCCGGAGCUGCGCCGCCGAGCUCUGGCAACGUGCGGCGUGUAUCUCACGCACUGCUGGGCCCGCCACGCAGCCUCCAGCGGGGCACUCGCGUGCCGCAGUGCGCUCAGGCUCAAGCUUCGAGAGCUCGCUGGAGGAUCGUAAUCCCCUUC